CUUCUACUUCAUUUACUUUUUCAAGGUGUUCUGCUCUAUGAUGCUUUUGGAUGGGAAGUGAGAAUGCCGAAAGACAUUCAUGGCCUCAAAGGUUCUUAUCCUUUCCUCUAAAGAGGACUACUGAAAAGGAACAUGAAAGCACCUCUUCUACUUCAUUUACUUUUUCAAGGUGUUCUGCUCUAUGAUGCUUUUGGAUGGGAAGUGAGAAUGCCGCAAGACAUUCAUGGCCUCAAAGGUUCCUGUCUGGUCAUUCCAUGUUCUUUCAGCUACUCAUCAAACCCACCCAAAAACCCACGUAGAGUUGUGUGGUAUCAGUGGGUGUCUAGAGGUUAUCCUUUAGUUUACGAUCCUUUGCAUGCAGACAAUGUCAUUGAGAAGUUCAGAGGAAAAACUGAUUUAUAUAAAAGCUCAAGUGGGGAUUGCAGUCUGCUGAUCAAAAACCUGGAACCAUCCCACCAUGGAGAAAGAUUAUAUGCAUGGAUUGACCCUGAAAACAUUGGGUAUCGCACCUACACAUUUUAUGAUGUCACUUCUACAAUCCUUGUCAAAGCAAGUCCACAGCAGCCCAGCAUAAAAAUUUUCGGAGGUGAAAGGACAGGUGACGCCAUCACAGUAGAAUGUUCAACUUUCCAUACGUGUCCAUACAGCAAACCAGACAUCAUUCUGAACGGUAUAGAAGGAUCUGAUCAAAUAGACAAUGAGCAUUUUAAAGACGGCCUGUGGAAAAUCACUCUGACACGCACAAGUGUUGUAAAGACAGAAAGCUCGACCAUUGAGUGUUCUGUAACAUAUCAUGGUGGCAUAACAGUGACAGCUACAAAAGAUAAAAGUGCCAAAUGUGUUCAUCAUAACAUAUCGAUUGAGCCUGAACUGGCAGAUGUCACCGAGGGCAUCGCAAGGAACUUCACUUGUACCAUCUACCAUUCCUGCCAGAAUGAGAAUCCAAACAUAACAUGGAACUAUGAGAACAUGCAGGUCACAGAGUGGAACAAAACUCUUUCUGGUUUAGAUCAGAUCAUCUAUUCUAGCAUAACCUUUCUGGGUGCAAAAGAAGACCAUGGGAAGAAAUUGAUAUGUAGUGCAAAAUUUUCUGGAAGAGAGAUUAUGGCAUUUGUUGUCUUAAAUGUGCAAAACCCAGUGCUCACUGGAUUCAAGAUUAUUGGUCUUUACAUCCUAACACCGUCACUUGUGUUCCUUCUGGCUUGUAUCCUUGUUGUAGUCAUCAUAUACAAGAAGAGACAAAGGUCAAAAGAUUCAAGUACAGAGUCUGGAAAAAAGCCUUUCUCCAAACCUCGAAUGCCAUCACCAAAGAGUGAUCCAAAAUCCCACUCAGAUUAUGAUUAUGAAGCUGAUUACAUCAACAUGGAUGAAGGCAACAUCUAUGGAAAUGUCUGAUGAAAAAGCUACGUCAAAACCAAAAUGGGUUUCACUAUAGUGUUUUUAAGAAGAUCAACAAUGUCAGAUCUAGCAUCAAAGUAUCAAGAUAUUAUGCCUUCUAACACAAUAUGUAGCAUGCUUUUAUAAUAUAUGCAUUUAUCUUUGGAAUAUAAAAUCCUUUAGGCAGGUUGGUUGAGCAAACAACAGUUCUGAAGUAUCACUCUGAAUUAUAUAUGUAACCCUGGGCCACAAAACCAGUCUUAAGUUGAAUGGCUAUAUUGUAGCAAUAGCCAACAAUACAGUGUAUGGGUCAAAAUUAUCGAUUUUUCAUUUAUGCCAAAAAUCAUUAGGAUAU